AUGGACUCAGUCAAAGGAAACGUGGAGGAAAUGAAGGACAAGAUGGAUCAACUCACUAGGGCCAUUACUAACAUGUUGGCCAGGGAAGUUGAGACUGAAAAAAGGAAGACUACUUCCACACCCAUACCACCACUCUGGGACGGUAACCCUCUACAAGGGUUUACUUCCGACAUCCAAGGGGGUGAAGCCAAGGAUGGUGCUGUUCAUCCUGAGGGGUCUACCCCAACUCUUGCUCACAAUGGGGAACCUCGUUCCGUACAAAUACCUGUUCCACAAGACAACUAUGUGGACCUAAGUCAACAAUAUGAGGAGGAAGAUCCUAAGGGAAUGCUCCAAGGAAACAAACCAGUUACUCACUUGGAUGCCACUAUUGGAGAAACGAGAACCGAAGACAGAUAUAAAGUCCUAGAAGAGAGAUUGAAAGUGAUUGAGGGCUUCAAUAUCUUUGGAGUUGACGCUAUGGGAAUGUGCCUGGUGCCAGACGUCACCAUACCUCCAAAGUUCAAAACUCCUGACUUUGAGAAGUACAAGGGAGUCAGUUGCCCAAAGAACCAUCUCAGGAUGUUCGUCAGAAAGAUGGCUGCCUACGCGGCAAAUGAGAAACUAAUGAUGCAUAGCUUCCAAGACAGUCUAAGCGGGGCAUCCCUAGACUGGUACAUGCAGCUGGAAAGAACCCAUGUCAAGACGUGGGAGGACCUAGCUAAUGCCUUCUUAAGACAAUACAAAUAUAAUUUGGACAUGGCUCCCAAUCGCAUGCAACUUCAGAAUCUUUCCCAAAAGGGCAGUGAAUCCUUCAAAGAGUAUGCCCAACGGUGGAGAGAACUAGCCUCCCGCGUACAACCUCCACUUUUGGAGAACGAGUUAGUUGACAUGUUCAUGGGCACCCUGCAAGGCCCUUACUACAAAAAGAUGAUCGGUUCAGUAUCCACUGGAUUUGCUGACUUAGUGAUAAUUGGGGAAAGAAUUGAGAAUGGCUUGAAAAGUGGUAAAAUUGGAAAACCAUCCUCAAAUCAAAAUAGUAAUAAAAGGUACUCCAACAAUAACGAUUCAAAGAAAGGUGAGACUAACGCUGUCACAAUUGAAGGGAAUUCUCAGGCGUCUUACAAUCCUUACGUUGCGGCAGUAGGCCCCAAUCAAUGUCCACAACAGGCAUACUCUAGGCCUCAAACACAACAGGCAAGAACACCGCCUCAACAAAAUCAACAAAAUGGGUAUGCACGGAGGGAUCAACAAAGGCCGUGGAAGGAAUUCGAUCGCAUACCUACAACCUAUACUCAGGUCUUACCAUAUUUAAUUCAAAAGGGAUUGGUAGAGAUUAAACCUCUAGCACCUCCGCCAAAUCCGCUUCCACGUGGUUAUGAUGCUAAUGCCAGGUGUGACUUUCAUGCCGGAUCUCCAGGGCAUACUACUGAGAAGUGCUUGGCACUUAAGUUUAAGGUACAAGACUUAUUAGAGCGCAAGAUCAUCUCUUUCACUCCAGAGGGUCCAAAUGUGAAGGGAAAUCCAAUGCCAGGACACAAUGAUCCAACUAUCAAUGCGGUAGAAGAACUAGACAACACCGUUCCGACCCAAAUGGUAGAUCAUGUGAAAACUCCCACAUCAAAGACACAUGAAAAAUUGAUCGGAUACAAGGCAUUCGAAGAGUUACAUGCUAACUGUAAAAUCUGCCUCGUCAAUCCAGACACUUGCGGGAGGAUGAAAGAGUGUCUCCAACGAAUGAUGAGUGAUGGUUUGGUUCAAAUCGGCUAUACCAGAAAGCUAGAAGAGGUCUCAUUCAUAGAAUCUCAAGGACACACACCUUUUGAGAUCCCUUACCAGCAAGUAGAAACCCCAACACCAUUUCAAAUACCAUUUCAAGCGUCGUCCCAUAUAUCAGUAUGUAUACCGGUUCCAAUCCCAUCUCAAGUUCCAUUUCAAAUACCAGUGAAGUCAGAGGACCCUAUUGUCUUUCAUGUCCCUGCACCGUUCCCGUUUGAAAGCACUAAUUAUGUACCUUGGAAUUACGACUCUACGGCAUAUGUAGGAGGCAAACCUAUAGUGCUAGAACCAGUAAUCACUAAUAUUGCUGGAAUUGGGGGCAUGACCCGGAGUGGUAGAGUGUUUUCUCCUGAGCCACAAAUGAAAGAAAAGACACCAGAAAGUUCAAAAGAAAAGGAAGUUGAAUCUUCCAGGAAGACCGUACCUCAAGGAGAAGCCGAGGAAUUCUUAAGGUUGAUCAAAAAGAGCGACUACAAGGUUGUAGACCAAUUAAGCCAAACACCAUCCAAAAUAUCCAUACUAUCUUUAUUGUUGAGCUCUGAAGCCCAUAGAGAAUCCUUGUUGAAAAUGUUAAAUGAAGCCCAUGUUACCCAAGACAUAACAGUAAAUCAAUUCGAUGAUGUGGUGGCCAAUAUCACCGCUAGCAGUUGUUUGGGAUUUAGUAACGAUGAAUUACCACCAGAGGGACAUGCUCAUAACAAAGCUUUACACAUAUCUGUCAAAUGCCAGGAUAGUCUCAUAUCAAAGGUAUUGGUGGACACCGGAUCGUCUCUAAAUGUCAUGCCUAAAAAUACUCUGGGAAAACUAAACAAUGUAAGAACUUCCAUGAAAGCUAGUACUUUGGUGGUCAAGGCUUUUGAUGGUUCGAAGAGGAUGGUAAUUGGGGAAGUCGACUUACCAAUAACUGUGGGACCUCAUACCUUUAUGGUCACUUUUCAAGUGAUGGACAUCAAUCCAUCAUAUAGUUGUCUCAUAGGUCGACCCUGGAUCCAUGCUGCAGGAGCUGUAACUUCGACCCUACACCAGAGGUUGAAAUUCGUAAUCGACGACAAGCUAAUAAUCGUCGAAGGGGAGGAGGACAUGUUCGUUAGCCACCUUGUAUCCUUCAGCUACAUAGAAGCGGAGGGAGAAACAUUGGAAAUACCCUUUCAAUCCUUGGAAAUUGCAGCAGUCAGUCGAAGAAAGGAAAAAUCAAUAUCCCCAUGGGAGAAGAUGUCCAAAUUGAUCAAGGGUAGAUAUACCCAGGGCUAG